AUGCUCUCACGUGUUGCUGCAGUGAAGGCACCCCGCACACACAACCGUCGCCGCGUGACCGGAUCCAGCGGGAGGAGGAGGGAAGGAAGAGAGAGUGAGCGGCAGAGGCCCAACAUGUCCCGGCGUGUGUUUACUUCCGCGGUGCUCCUCCUAUUUGUUGUGAUGAUGUGCUGUGGCACUGGUGGAGCUGCGAAAAUUGCGGAGGUGGAGCCAACGAUACCUGAGGAACCUGUACCGAAGUCACCUUUUGGUUGGAGAGAUGCAACAGGUGAUGAAACUGUGAGUUCGCUUCGUGGUCCCAGUCUUGUUGAGGUGAAUGGUAAAGUGUUUGCCGUUGCCGAGGCGCAGUGCAAGAAAGGUAAAACCAGCGUUUUUACUGGCAUUGCAUCCCAACUACUCUCGAUGGAAAAGGGUAAAGGACCGGAAGAGGAAGUGCUGAAGGAUGCCAAGUAUACACAAGUUCUGGAAGAAGACAUUUCUAUGGAGAAGAAGAAAGUAGAUGUGAGCCGACCAACAACAGUUGUAAAGGGAAAUGAUAUUUACAUGCUUGUUGGAAAACACAGCCAUGAAGCUGCCGCUAACUGUCAGGCUGAGACUGAGAAGAUCAAAUCGGGAAUAUUGCUGGUGAAGGGUGAGGUCGGUGAAGGCGGUAAAAAAAUACGUUGGGACGAUACUGACGGUGUACCGUGCAUUCUAGGCGCGAAACACGAAUCCUUGCCACAGCUGAUUGUCGUCGGUGGAUCGGGUGUUAAGAUGGAUGAUGGUACGUUUGCGUUCCCAGUGGAAGGCACGAAGAAGGAUGGCGCAGGAAAGGAUGGGAAGACCGUCUUACUGAUUAUAUACUCCUCGGAAACUAAGAAUUGGAGUCUGUCGAAGGAGGUGCCUGACGAUGGCUGCAGUGAUCCCUCCGUCGUGGAGUGGAAGGAUAAACUCAUGAUGAUGACUGCGUGUGAUGGCCGCCGCAGGGUGUACGAGUCCGAUGACAAGGGGGAAUCGUGGACGGAGGCACUUGGGACACUCUCGCGCGUGUGGGGCAGCAAACAAAAGGGUGGAGAGGUUGAAAUUGUUAGAAGCGGGUUCAUCACAGCGAAUAUUGGCGACGGUGUUGAAGAUGAUAAGAGAAAUGUGAUGCUCGUUACCCUGCCGGUGUAUUCCAAAGAAAACCAAAAGGAAAAUAAAAAGGGUGAACUUCAUCUUUGGCUGACGGACAAUACGCACAUUGUUGAUAUUGGGCCGGUGUCCGGGAACGAUGAUGAUGCUGCCGCCAGCUCCCUGUUGUACAAAAGUGGAGAUAAUAAUGAGGAGUUGAUUGCACUGUACAAGAAGAAGAAGGACGAUGCGGAAUCAUCACUCGGUAUGGUCUCUGUGCGUCUGACUGAGCAGCUGCAGCGGGUGAAGGAUGUGCUGGCGACCUGGAAGAAAGUGGACGAACGUGUCUCCAAGCUGUGCACCUCAAGUGCUGAGGAAGAUACCUCAACUGAAAAUGCCUGCACUACUGGUAAGAUCACGGAUGGGCUGGUUGGCUUUUUGUCCGGCAACUUCUCUGAUGACAAAUGGAAGGACGAGUACCUCGGGGUGAACGCCACAGUAACGAAUGGGGUGGCAACAGGGUAUGCGGAGAAGGGCGUGAGGUUCACUGGACGUGGUGCAGGAGCGGAGUGGCAUGUUGGCAAGCAGGGGGAGAAUCAGCUGUACCACUUUGCGAACUACAACUUCACUCUUUUGGCGACGGUGUCCAUCCACGGUGUGCCGAGGGGAGAUACCCCCAUUCCAUUGAUUGGUGCGAAGAUGAAUGACAGUGAGAAUCCAGUACUUCUUGGACUGUCGUACGACAAUGAAAAUAAGUGGCGUGUGUUGUGCGGCGGAGAGAACACGGAGCACAGCAGUAAUUGGGAGACAGAGACACAGUACCAGGUGGCCAUUGUGCUACAUAACGGCAGUCAGGGCUCUGCGUAUGUCGAUGGUCAGCGUGUGGGGAAUGCGCAACUUGCUUUACAGGAUAUUGAAGGAUCUAAAGGGAUCUCCCACUUCUACAUUGGAGGGGAUGGAGGCAGCGCAGAGGCUCAAGAAGGCGUGCCUGUGACGGUGAAGAACGUAUUACUGUACAACCGCCCGUUGGAUGGCACUGAGAUUACCACGCUUGCCAAAAAUACAAUUACUAAUCCGAAGCCGGAGGAUCCGAAGACACCGACGACAAGUCCUCUUUCACCAGCGGCAAGUGCACCGGAUGUGGAGGUAUCCCUGCACCGGUCUAAUUCUUCCAGGCAACUGCCGUUGGAAGAGGAACCGUUGAGGGCGAAUAUUGGUGCUGGUGCUGGCGGUGUAUCCAGUGCAGUUUCCGUUACUACGACUCCCUCGUCUGAUGCUAGCCCAACGGUGGCGACAGGGAGUGGAGACACAAUGCUGGGAAAUGGAUCACCCCAAACUCCUGAGGUGAGCGUGAGUUCUGGCGAGGAUGGGGAGACAACGGGAGGAACGGAUGGGCAGGAGGGAAUCCAUUCACAGGCCGGGGAAGUAAAGUCUGCGGCACUCAGCAGCAGUCUCGGAAAUUCGUCGCAGGGGAACAACACCGAUGCCGGCACCAUGCGUGAGAGGAGGGCGCUGCCGCUGCUCCUUCUGCUGUUGGGACUGUGGGGGUUUGCGGCUCAGUGA